AUGGGUUCAGAGAAAGUUAUGGGUCUAUGCUUAGAAAAUGAAUCCAACUCUCAAAUUAUUGAUUGUAUACAUUUAAGAGAACAAUGCCUAAAUGACACAGAUGAAUGUAAACAUACAUGGAAGACAAUGGAAGAUGCCUGCAAUUUCUCAAAUCCAGGUAAUCCUUGCAAGUUGAGAGAUUCAUUGAGCUGUAAUCGGAGCAUCCAGGCUUUAUUGAGCAGCAAUUUCCUACAAGAACAAUGUCUUUGCCCUGAUGACCUGUACUGUACUGUUAUCAAAUUGCUUGGUGAACAGUGCCCCGUUAAACCAGAUAGUAUGAAGGAGGAUAGUAAAUUCAUAUGGAAUCUGACUACUCUUUCUCAUUAUGCUUUCAAAGGGAUCCAGUCCUGUUUGGAAGUGGCAGAGGCGUGUGUAGGGGAUGUGAUCUGUAACGCACAGUUGGCCCUUUACCUUCAAGCUUGUUCAGCAAAUGGAAAUCUGUGUGAUGUGAAACGUUGCCAAGCAGCCAUAAGGUUCUUCUAUCAAAAUAUGCCUUUUAACAUUGCCCAGAUGUUGGCUUUUUGUGACUGUGCUCAAUCUGAUAUACCUUGUCAGCAGGCCAAAGAAGCUCUUCACAGCAAGCCAUGUGCCGUGAAGUUACUUCCAACCCCCACUUGCCUCAAUGUAAUUCACAGCUGCCGAAAUGAUGAAUUAUGCAGGACGCGUUAUACAACAUUUCAGUUAAAAUGUUGGCAGCACGUGACUAGAAAGUGCCAGGAAGAUGACACUUGCAUCAGCACCUUAACCCAGCAUGAUCUUAUCUGCUCAGGACAUAAUGAUUGCAAGGCAGCAUACAUUGGGACCUUUGGGACUGUUCUCCAAGUUCAGUGCACCUGUAGCUCCAUCACACAAAGUGAAGAAUCUUUGUGCAAGAUUUUCCAGCACAUGCUUCACAGAACAUCAUGCUUCAAUUACCCAACCCUAUCAUUGUAUCAAAGACCCCAGGCUAAGGAAAUCACACUAACAAGAUUUCACUCCCCUUUCAAUGGAGAUAUUAUCUACAUUCUUAUGUGUAUGGCCGUCACAUGUGGAAUCUUUCUUUUGAUUCUUCUCAAACUGAGGUAA